AUGACUAAACACAAUGGCAGGUUAUAUGUUUGUGAUUAUUGUGUAAGCCACCGAACCCACAACCCCAAGAUUGAUGCUCAGCAUAUGAAAGAUUGUGAAGGAAUUAAUAUUCCAGUCCAAAGAACAGUAAUGCUAUUGGUAGGCAAGAAUAUAUAUAAAUUUAGACGAUAUGAACGAAUGUUAGAUGCGCCUUUUAUUUGCAUAGCAGAUGCUGAAACUCUCUCCACUCUGAUAGAAAAAAAUCAAGGAUCGAGAACGAAAGCAAUCCAAGAACAUAAAGUUAUAUCAUUUGAUUAUAUGAUUAGGUAUAGUAAUAGCAAAACCAAAGCAACAGUAAAAAUUAGAGAUGAUGAUCCUGCUAGAGAAUUUAUUAAAGCAAUAGAAAAAGAAGUAGAACAAUGUCAAAACUUUCUCGGAGGAGGUCAUAUAAUACAAAAUUCUGCGAAGAAAUUAAUCAAAAUGCUGCAAUCAGGAAUAAUAUCAGAAGAGAUAGCAGAAGAUAAUAUUUCCAGUAUUAAUAUAUUUCAAUCAUGGGAAUUAGGUAAAAUUAAUCUCAAUUUCAGUAAAGAAUAUGAAAAAUUAAUUCUUCUUAAAUAUUACUUAAAAGGUCUUUACCAAGCUCAUAAAAGAGAUCCUCUUGGAGUAGAUAUAGGAAUAAUAUACCAUUUAGCAAAUACAAUUUAUUGUAGGCUCCGAUGGUCUGGAGAACCAAUGAAAAAAUUAACUACUCAAGAAGAAAAAAUGUAUAAUUCGGCUAAAGAAUGUUGGAUAUGUGAAAAGCCAUUUGGAAAAGAAGAUAAUCUUAAAAAAGUUUAA